GAGCAGCUCAUCGUUGCCCGUCCGGCUGCUAGAUCGCUCCGAUUUCCUCCGUCAGAUCCUUUCCAACGAACUUGCAUUAAUUUCGGAUUUUCCCGAGCAACCAAGGGAGACAACCAAGGGCUUUCGAUUUCUUCUUUUGGUGAAGAUCCAAAUUUUCUAGCUUUCGAUCUUCUUCGCAAAGGUCCCCGAGCUUGCUUCUCCUCAUCGCUUUCUUUCGCAGGACCAUGGCUCGCAGUCACAGUUCGGAGGACUCCGUUUCCAGCCCCAGUGCUUCCAGCUCCUCUUCCGGCGAUGAGAACCUGGCUAUCACGGGCACGAUGCAGCCGACGGAUCCUAACCCCGAUCCCGAAUCCCCUAACGCCGCCCACCAGUCCUCCGACGAGAGCGGCAGCAGCGACGGCGUCCUCGUCGAGCUCCCCAGCAAUAACGACCAGGAGUUUGCCCGGGGAUCCUGAUAGUGGCAUUCUGGUAAAUAUUGAUGGGUCGAUGCAGGAGCAUCAAGAGAGGGAAGAUCUGUUCGUUGACGCUUCUGACAAUCUCGGCAGCGGAGGUCGGGAUCCAAAGCUCGGGGAGCCGGCGGCCAUGGUCGAGGUCGGAGAGACCAUACGAAGGAGAAGAUCAAGAGAACAAGAUCUGGAACGUGUUCAGGCUCUGUUGGAUGCAUCUUCUGCAGAGUGCCAUAAAUAUAAGGAAGAAAGGGAGGCUUUUGGAAGGGAAGUUCUUACUCUCCGGACCGAGCUUGGGCAUUUGAUUAACCAGCAGUUUCUUAACAGCGAGGAGCUGUUCGAGUAUCAUGGGCGACUGGAUAACAGGGAAGCUGAGCUUGGUGUUCUUGCAUCUCCUGCCUCUCUGCAUGCCAUGGUGAAGGACUGUUCCAGAUUUGCAGUUCAUUUAAAGGGUGUUUUUGAUGAGCGUUUGAAUACAGACGAGGCUAUGCUCGACAUUAAAGAUCAGGAGAUUGAGGUUCUCAAUGCCAAGAUAUUGGAAUAUGAUAUUUUUCGAGAUGUUUUGAUCUCUUACCUUGGUUCAGUUAGGGGGCAGUGCUCACAGUCAAUGCAUGAAUACAUAAAUUUGAUUAAAAGCAAACUGUUAGCUUCAAUUCCAGCAAUGGCUGUGACAGAGAGUGUUUCCUCUGAGGAGGAGUUAGUUGAUGGUAUAUCUCUGAUUGAGAAAAGAACCAAGCUUUUUGCUGAGAAACACAACAAGCUAUUACAUGAGGUAGAGCAACUUUGUCAGUUUAUGGAGGAGAUGAAGCCUGGUUCCUUAGCCACACAAGAGAAUGAGUUGGGAUUAGUAUUUUCUGUUGCUCGGGAUGAGUUGCUUGAACGCAAGAAGAAGGAAGGGGAGCUUGAAGAGAGAAUUAGGAAGCUUAAGGAAGAAAACAGGAAAAUGGAUGAGCAAAUUAUUGGUUUGAGUAAGGACAAGGAAGAAGCAAAUGCUGAGAUGAGCAAAAUCAAGACAGAAUUGGAACAGUCAGAGAGCAGGCUCUUAGCAGCCAAAGAGAAACUUAGUAUUGCAGUGACAAAAGGCAAACAAUUGGUUCAACACCGCGAUUCGCUGAAGCAAUCAUUGGGUAACAAAACAACUGAGCUCGAUGCGUGUUUGCAGGAGUUGCAGCAGAAGGCAGAUGCAUUGGAAGCUAUGGAAGCUCGUAAUGAAGAGCUGAAGAAGUUAUUAUCAGAUAAGGCAUGUGAGCUAGAGAAAUGUUUACUGGAAUUGCAGGAUAAAUCUAACAUCUUAGAAGAAUCUAAAGUUACCGUUGAGGACCAGAAACAGUUGUUACAAGAGAAGACAAGCGAGCUCGAAAAAUGCUUGCUGGAGCUGCAACUGAAAUCUGAUGCCUAUAAUAUGGCAAAUACAAAUACUGAGGAGGUCAAGCAGCUUUUGUCUGAGAAUAAAGAUCAGCUGGAGAAUUGCCUUCUGGAGUUGCAACAGAAGUCCAAAGAUUUAGAGGCUGCUGCAGCUAAUGCAGAGGAGCUGAAACAGUCUUUUAAUGAGAAAAAUUGUGAGCUUGAGGAUUGUUUGCUCAAUCUGAAACAAAACAGUGAUGCUUUGGAUACUGCUGUAGCUACAGUGCAGCAGCUGAAGCAAGCAUUGGCUGAGAAAGACAUUGAACUUGAGAAAUCUUUGCUGGAGUUGCAAGAAAAAACUGUUUUAGCGACGAAUACUGUUACUGUUUCCAAGGAGCUUAAUGAAACCCAAAAUUUGGUUCAUUCUUUGCGGGAGUUGGUCUCAUCUAAAGAUAAGGCAUUAAAGGAUAUAGAGGAGAUCACUCAUGAAACUGAUUUUCCACAAGACCUCCUCUCCUUGGAUAUUGUGGAUAAAAUUAGAUGGAUUGUAACCAAGGCAAGUAUAUCAGAUGAAAUUUUACAGGAAAAUCGCAGAGCCAAAAAUGCAUUUUUUUCUUUUGGUGUGCCUGAAACUAUUUCAUCAGCUGAAUUAGAUUCUCAAGUUGACUGGCUUGUGAGAUCAUUCGCCCAGUCUAAGGACGAACUAAGUAAGCUGCAAAGUGAAGUAACUCAUACUCUGAAAUUGCGAUCAGAAUUGUCCGAGGCACUUAAAGAAGUUGACAGUUUAGCAGAAUCUUUGCUGAAGGAAAAAGAGGAAAAGGAAGCCCUAUUAAUUAAACAUGAAGAUCUUAAGGUCAGUCAUGAAAAGCUUGCAGAAAAUCUGGCUUUAAUUUGCUCUGAGAAGGAAAAGUUUAUAGAAUUUCUAAAAGAGGUAACUACAACAAAUUUGGACGAAAAGACUGCUCUUGACAUGGAUACAAUGUUGGAGAAAUCCAUUGUUUCCCUUAGGCAAAAGAUAAAAAUAUCCUUAAAUGAUGGAAAGAAGCUCGAGAGCAUGCAAAAGUUAUUGCAUGUAGCACAUGUUGAACUGACAUUAUUUGAGAAAAUUGUUGAAGAGCUGCAAAUGGAUGGAUCAAAGAUGAGAAGUUUGUCUGAUGAGUUGGGGGCAGCAUUGGAGGAAGUUUGUGCUUUGAAAAUUGAAAAGGAAUCCAUGCAAAAAGAUCUAGAGCGCCUUGAAGAGAAAAAUUCAUUGAUCAGGGACAAACUUUCUAUGGCAGUGAAGAAAGGAAAGGGAUUGGUGCAAGAACGUGAAGGAUUUAAACUCACUUUAGUUGAGAAAAAUUCUGAAAUCGAGAAGCUAAAGGAAGAGUUGCAACUUCAGGAGUCCAAAGCUUCUGAAUACCGUGAGCAAAUUAAAAGUCUUUCUGCUUACCCAGAACAGGUUCUAAAGCUGGAGGUUGAUAUUGCUUCCUUAAAAGAUAAAAUAGAGCAAAGUGAACAGUUGUUCAGUGAAAGCAAUGGAAACUUGAAAAAAUUAGUUGAUUCUAUUAAUGAUAUUGCUAUCCAUACUGAUAAAAUCUUUGAAGCUCCUAUUGAAAAGGUUUACUGGAUUGCUGGGCGGAUCACUGAAACAGAAAAUUCUAAUGCUUUUUUGGAACAGGAGCUAGAGAAAGUAAAAGCUGAUGCUGCUUUGAAUUCUAACAUGUUAGCUGAAGCUCUUGAUACCAUGAAGUCACUAGAGAUGGAGUUGCUCAAUAAAGAAAAACAUAUACGUGAUAUUUAUGACGAUAAGAGCAGCAUCCAAGCUAGUAAUGCUAAAGUUGAAGAAGAGCUAGAGGAAGCAAGAGAGGAAAGCUUCUUGCUGGCAAACAAGUUAAGUGAUGCCUAUGCAAGCAUGAAAUCUCUAGAAGAAAAAGUUUCUGCACUUGAUUCAGAAAAGAAUAAAAUAGUUUCCGAAAGCAAUCUAGAGAUUAGUGCAUUAAAUGCCAAAGUAUUUGCAUGCAUGGAAGAGCUCACUAAAACUCAGGGUAAUUCAGAAAAACAGUCAGCUGAGCUUCUUUCAGAACUUAGAAAGCUCCAGUUGUUUAUGAAGAAGGAAGGACUAUUUCCCUUAAUGAUUGAACAAUUCCAUAAAAAGGCAGAGGGUUUAAGACAUAUGUGGAUGCUAGUUAAGAACAUUCAUGAUAAUUUGGUGGCAAAGGGUCCUCAUAUUCACCCUGAAACGGAGGAAAUCUCUGUUUUUACAAAUCUUUCAUCACUCCCAAGCUUUGAGGACUUCAUCAAUAAUGAAGUUUUUCAUACUGAGCCUAUGUUAGAAGAUGAUGGUGCUGUGACUUCUUGCAAGAAGAUUGUUGAAAAGAUAUAUGAAGAGGCCAGACUUCUAAAUGAUAGGUUCACUGGACUUUCUGGUUACAUUGAUGAUCAUAUCACAUUUACUUUGCAAGCUUUACAGUCAGCUAAGGAUGAGUUUAUGCACACACUUUAUCUCAGUGAAUCCUUGAAGCUUACUAUAGAAAAGCUGGAAACUCGUAAUCAGGCACAAGAGUUUGAGAUUUCUUCAUUACAGAAAGAUGCCCUGAGGCUUCUAUCUAUAUGCAAGGAUGCUACCCAAGAACUCCAUGUCAAAGUUUCUGAUUUGUUAGGCUUUGAUUUAGAAUUGGAAAAUGUCCACUCUGGGCUUGACUUGAGAUCACCUGUUUCUUUUCAAGGCAAGAUAGAAAAAGAGGAUGCUAGUGAAUUUGCCCAAGUAGCUGAUAAUUUAUUACUCACUUGCAGAAAAAUAAUAAUUCAAUUUCAAAAUUUAGUGAAAGUUGAUAAAGACAUGUCAAAUUCCUUAGAAAAUCUGAAGCUUAAACUGAACCAUGCUGAGAUGAGUGCUGAAACGAUGAUAGGUGAGAGGAAACUCAUUCAAGAUAGGGUUUUGAAGUUGGAAGGGGACAUGGAUGAACUUCAAAAUAUCUGCAAUGAGAUGAAAGUUAAACUGAUUGAUUACCAGUCUAAAGAAAAUUUGAUUAAAGACAAAGAGGCUGAGCUAAAACGGCUAGAGCAUUCUCUAACUGCAAAAGACAGAGGGGUUGGAGAUGAAAUGAUCUCAAAAGGUCAGAUAGAAGUCCUCUUUGACAAGGUAAAUAAACUGAUUGUUCUGGCAGGUUCAUCCGGUCAGUCUGAAUCACAAAGCCAAGAAAUAUAUUUUUCCAGUCCUGCGGAUAAGCUCUUUUAUGUUGUAGAUAAAUUUUCAGAGUUUCAGCAAGGUUUCUAUUCACUGACUUGUGAAAAGGAAAAUUUGCAAUUAAUAGUUGCAAACCAUGUUUGUGAAAUUGAAAACCUGAAGAAUUCUGCUUUAUCUAUUAGUACUGACUAUCAAGAUCUACAGUUGAAGAAAUUGGAGCUAAGUGAGGUGACAUCCAUAUUAGAAAAGAUUAUGCAUAAGUUAUCAGGCAACUAUUCUUUUGAAGAUCUGAAACCAGUUACUGCAAUGGGGCUAAUACGAGUUUUGGAAAGGCAGAUGAUAGCCUUAAGUGUGGAUCUUGAAAGCUCCAAAUCCGAAGUACACGAGCUGGGAGGCAAAUUGCAAGCAAAGGAUAUGAUUGUCAGUGAAUUAUCUGCAAAGGUUAAGCAUCUUGAGGAUUCUCAUGCUAGGAUUCAACAACCAGAUGUUAAAGAACGAACUGUAUUUGAAUCUUCAACAUCAAUGAUGAGGCCAGAGAUUACUGAAAUCGAAGAGACGCAAAUACAGGGAUCUGUGGGAAUGAGCUCAAAACCCGCUGCUCCCGCCUCCGCGCACGUGCGAACAACACGAAAAAGCUCGAGUGAACAUCUUGUUCUCAACAUUGAUUCCGAGUCGGAGCCGUUGAUUACUUCCCAUGAAACUGAUGAGAAAGGUCAUCUGUUCAAAUCUCUGAACACAUCUGGCCUGAUUCCAAAGCAAGGGAGAGUGAUUGCAGAUAGGGUUGAUGGAAUUUGGGUUUCUGGAGGAAGGAUAUUGAUGAGUAAGCCUGGAGCAAGGCUGGGUCUGAUAGGCUAUUGGAUAUUCUUGCAUCUAUGGCUAUUGGGCUCUAUAUUGUAAUGCUAAUAGAUCAUAAAUUGUAAAAUAGAAUGUAUAAUCAUAAGGGGUUUAGUUUUUGUUUGAGACAGUCUCAAGCAAUUCUUUUGUCUUUCCUUUUCUAUUAUAAUUUGUAUUCAUUAUUUGAUUCAAAAAAUUCAAAUAUCUCUAAUAGAGUUUGGUUCUUAAUAAUGCA